AUGGGUAAGUGGCGUAUUAUGGUGGUUCUUGUUCUGGCUGUGGUGGCCAGUGCUAGGAAUGUGCCAAACGAGGCUAAUGGUGUGAAGGACGAGAAGACUUUUCUCGGCUAUGGCGGCUAUGGUGGCGGCGGUGGGGGCUUUUCGGGAGGCGGUUUUGGAGAUGCCGGUGCUGGAGCUGGCCGUGUAGGUGGACUCCACGGUGUGGGAGCUGCAGGCGGCGUCAUUGGCCCCGGCAUAGGCGCGGGGCUUCUUCCUCACCCUUGA